AUGGAGAGGCUCCACAUAGGGUCGGCGUCUCGGAAGACGGGUAUACGUGCCCGUGACGACUUACGAAGAGACAAGUACAACAUGGAGGAUCUAGAUGAAUUCUUUGAUGAUGAGAACGAAAAGUCCGGUUACGUUGAUCCAACUGAAGAAGACGAUGACGAAGAUAAUGGAAGGAGAAGGCGAUUGGUGGGGAUAGACGGGGUGGCGCGUGCUUUGGACUUUAAUGAGGCUGAUGCGGAUUCAUUCAUGUUAUCGUCACCCAUUGAAGAACCAGUACCCUCUAAGAAACGAAGUCAAAGUCGAAGUCGGCCACGGCCAGCACCACCCUCUAAGGAAAUGAAUGCUCCGGUAUUGGCCGUGGCUGUUGAUGGCGAAGAUGACGAUACUGAAGUAGGAGCAGUAUUUACACUGUAUAAAUCUCCGGCAAGUACUAAGAAGUCUCCGUUACGUUCGCCCUUGCAGGACACCCGAACACCACGUACAGAAUUUAACGAUGAUAAUUAUGAUCCUGAACCGGAGCCGCCCUAUUAUAAUAAUGAUGACGACGAUGUCGAAGAAAUAGAAGAGCAUACGACCACCGUUCUUUCACCCGUAAAAGUUCCCGCCACUUUACGUGGUUCAGCUGCAAGGUAUGGCAGCUCUUUAACUAAAAACAUGGCAUUGGGUAGACCCACAAAACGAAAACCAGUUGUUCAAGAAGUUGAAGAAGUUGAAGAAGUUGAAGAAGUUGAUAAUGUUGAUGGUGACAACGAUGAUGAUGUAGUGGUAGAAGAAGUUGAACAGGAAGCUUCACUGGAUGACUCGUUCAAUGAUACUCUGUACAAGGAUUCCCAGCCCACGCAAGUCGAUACACAACAACACUCAUCGUAUCCUUCUCCACCUCCAGACUACAGUAAUGGUGGUAUAAGGAAAUCAUCGCGGACUCGAUUCAAGCCCUUAGCUUUCUGGAAAGGUGAAAGGGUGAUCUACCAUCAAGUUAACGAGAGUGUAGUUGAUCAGAUGACAGAUGAUCCCCGACUUUUGAAUGACUUGAAGGUUAUACCUUUACAAGAAAUUGACCAGGCCAGUACUGAAGCAUUGAAGAAGCUGGAACCGGCACCGACACCGGCCCCGGCCAAAAAGAAGAGAAAACCGUCCAAAAGAAAAAAUAAUACCAAAAAUAAUGGACAAAACAAAAAGGUGGAAUAUGACUAUGAAUCAGAUCCAGAAAUAGAAGGGUCCGAAUGGUACGCCAACAAGAAGCUUGAUUUGAAGGUUUACGCCGAUAACAAGCACAAAAAGCUAAUAGACCGAACGGUUGUUCUAGGCCCAGGGCAGGUCUCUGAAACCUCAAAGUUUGAUGAUGAAUUUGAUAACUUUACACUACACACAUUAUUCAACGAUUAUGUUGAUUACGGAGUCAAUGCCAUUCUUGACUUCUCCAUUGGCGGACAAAAGGCAAUGAGAACCAGUGGAGGAGCCGUUACUUUUGUUUAUGUUUUAAAGGGCUUGAUUCACGUGACAUUGAAUAACGAUUUCUUUGUAGUUACAAAGGGUUGUUCAUUAUUGAUUCCAGCAUUUAACAUGUAUGCCUUCAAGAACGUCGGUCAAACGGAUGCCAAAUUGUACAUUUCUCAAACCAAAGUCGAUUAUGACUGA